CGAGGCUGAUCACUCACGCCCACUGGAAAGCCCUGUCGCCGUGUGUCCCCCGUCCUUAUAAUGCAUAAGGCGCCGCCAUAGGCCACGUGGGUCCCUCUUCUCAGAAAACGCAAGACACGCACGUGAUAGCGAGUGUCGACCUGAAAACCAAGAGCAGAAAGGAAGGAAGGAAGCUCCACUACCUGUCUGCGGCGAUAUGAUACACCAGUAAAUAAUUAGAGAGGAAAACAAACCCGCAGACUAAUACCAGGCGUGGAGAGGGGAGUCUGAGGCGAGGCGGCAGUGUGAUGGCAGAUCAGGUCCUGGACACCAUAAGUUACGUGCGGUGACAGAUCAAUACAGACACUCUAGUAGUGACGAGAGGACUUCAGCUACGGGAGGAGGGAGGCGAGGAUGAAAACCGAGGGCGAGAGUAAGAGGAGGAGGCUGGAGAGGUGAUCUUGAGCAUCACCGAAAAUCAAUAGCCGCAGUAGCUAGAUCAGACCGGCUUUAGGGGAACCAUAUGGCUGGUGGGCCGCCGUGAGGAAACACAUGAGCGCCCACUGCUCAGAUUCGACCUCACAGCCUCUGCAAGGUGGACUGAUACAUGACAGCGGCUCCGUGACUGUCCUGGUGACUCCCCGGGCACGCUGGACCCCCGUCUGGAGCUUGCUGGUUUGUUUCACUUAAGUCAUCAAGUGAGGUAGAACAUAUUAUUCCCGGUGCAACUUAUAGUUGUACGUUUUAUAUUAUUUAUAAAAGAACCGUGUUUGACUUUACAUACGUCUGUUAUCAAGAAAGUGAGAAAUUAAACAGUGGAGCUUUAUCUGUUGAACUGUUACCAAGCGAAAUUUUAACCGGUACUCUGGAAAGAUAUACGUUUUAAGUUAUUUAUAAAACGACUGCCUGUGUGACUGAUAUCCACGCGUUCCUGCACGUGUUCGCAUUGCAGCCAGUGCCGUCAUGUCAUGCCUGCCGAGUGUGACGUGUUUCUGAGCCUCGUGGAAGUGCGGCAGACGGAAUACAACAAGUCAAGGUGUGGACAUGUGCGAAUCACAUACCAAAACAAACCCUGAAAUUUAAAUAACAGAAGAGUUUACAAGAGGGCAUUGCAUCAUCCCUGCAUAUCAAAACAAGACACUGUUAUUGAAAGGAAACACACAACGACGGCUGUGAACUGUGACUGUGAUGACGGGAGGAGAGCUGUGGAUUCAUUAACCUGAAGGGAAGGUGAAGAGGACACCGGGACAGGAUGGUGGUGCUGAACAGGGAACAGGACCGCGCCCUCCUGCUGCAGUCCCUAGAGGCUGUGCCCGUGGCCAAGACGCAGCAACAGCAGCAGCAGGAAGGUGUGUAUGGUGGAGGGCAGAAGGGGUCCAGCAGCAGCAGCAGCCACGUGCAGGAGGCAGCAGGACCCGCCAAAGGGCAAGGGGAGGAGACAUCAUGCAGCCUCGACCCCACCGAUCUUCUCUUCCUUCGCGGCCUUAUGGACUCGCCCAUCAUGAAAGCGCUCAUCAAGGUGCAGGACACGCUAGAGGACGGAGUAGGGGUGGUGGAGCCAGUGUCGACCGGCAGUACUAAGCUCGCCUCGCAGCUCCACCUCCUGUGCGAGGCCUCCACCAGCGCGCCGUCCCAAGAGUUGGCCGAGCUCCUGCAGCGGCCCCACCUGCUGGCGCUGCUGGAAACCCAUGACACGAUAGCCGAGCGGAGACACGCGGGGGACGCCACCACCAACGGAGUCAGCGGCUGUCAUAACAACAUCACCUUCAUGCCGGAGGAAAAUGGCCACCCGGUGGACACCAUCCGCAUGGUGGGCCUCCGGAAGAAACCGGACGAGCCUCUCGGCCUCACGGUGCGGGAGGACGAGUCGGGUUACCUUAUCAUCGCCAGGAUAAUGGCGGGCGGUUCCAUCGACAGGCAGGGCCUCCUUCACGUGGGCGACGCCAUCUGUGAGGUCAACGGCAUGGAGGUCGAGACUCUGAAAGCCCUGCACGAGGAGGUGGCCAAGUGUCGGGACUCCGUGACUCUGAAGGUGAUCCCGGCGUUGCACGACCCGCCGGCUGCUAACCAGGUAACCAGCAGCCUGCACCCAGACUCCACCAAAACCAUAUGCUACAUGCGCGCCCUGUACUGCUACGACCCCGCCGAGGACACCCUGCUGCCCACCUGCCCCACACAGACCGCGACGGAGAUCGGCCUUAAGUUCAACAAGGGAGACAUUUUGCAGAUCGUGGACCAGUCAGACCCGAACUGGUGGCAGGCGCAGGUGGUGGGGGGGCGCGGCAGGCGGACGGGACUCAUCCCCUCCCAGGAGCUGGAGGAGCGACGCAAGGCCUUCGUGCGGCAGGAGUAUGACUACGUGCAUAAAAUUGGCAUCUGCGGAACCAGGAUCUCCAAACGUAAGAAAAAAUUUAUGUUUUCGACCAAGAAGAGCAUGGAUUACGACCAGGCAGAGCUGAUCCUGUACGAAGAAGUGGCGCGCAUGCCGCCCUUCAUGAGGAAGACGCUCGUGCUAGUCGGUACCCACGGUGUUGGCAGGAGGACCUUGAAGAAUCGUAUCAUCGCUGAAGACCCGUCCAAGUUUGGCACCAUCAUCCCACACACCUCGAGGCCGAUGCGGGAGCUGGAGGAGGACGGCAAGGCAUACCACUUCACGACGCGCGAGGCCAUGGAGGCGGACAUACGCAACCACCGCUACCUGGAGUACGGCGAGCUGAACGGUAACCUGUACGGCACCAAGCUGGACUCCAUCCUCUCCAUCAUUCGCUCCGGCAAGAUGUGUGUGCUCGACUGCUCUCCCGCGUCCCUCAAGUACCUACGCAGUUCGAGUGAGAUGCUUCCCUACGUGAUCUUCCUCGCGGCACCUGGGAUGGACGAGAUUAAGAACCUGUACAACAUCGGCAGCGCCUUCGGGUACUCCAGCCGUAACCUGACUUUUGACCGCAGCAGCUCCAUACGGUAUAGCUCCAGAAGGGCCAGGACACUUGAAUCUCUGGCUUCUCUCUACGAGGAGGACGACUUCAAGCGCACCAUGGAGGAGAGUGCCAAGCUGCAGCGCGCCUACGACAAGUACUUCGACUUGGUCAUCGUCAACAACGACCUCAACGACACCCUGAACCAGAUCGUGGAGGCCGUGAACCGUCUGGCAACGGAGCCCCAGUGGGUUCCCGUCACGUGGGUGUACUAAAGCGCCCUUCCUUUCCCACCCACGACUCCUAAAACCCCUGCAAGGCCCCCAACUAUUUCAACAGCCCCUUAGACCUCUCUGCGUUAGCUAGCAAAUCCCUACAUCCUCCUAGUAAGCCCCGACAGCCUCAUAGCAGUCCCAAGGUUAUCAAAAUAAGCCCCCAAAGAUCCAUAACUCCCGAACUACCUCCAUGUUCUAGCGGUUCCCAGUCUCCAGUCUUCAGUUGCCGAUUCCUAAGACUCUUUCCCGACCCCCUCGCCACCCAGCCUCGUCCAGUCUUGCCCCGCCCUUCCCCUCGUGGCUCCAGCUUCUUAUACCGCCCCCGGAAAGUGCGCUGUGUUGAUGCCUUUUCCAUGUACAUACCACACUGUGUUUGCGGCGCGGGAAGGAAGCUUUGUAGGAUGGAUCAUGGAUGUGAGAAUAUAAGAAAAGAGUAUUUGUAUAUAAAGUACUGUUCCCUGACCUCCCCUUGUGAUACGCGAGAUGGUGAGCUGAAGCAGGAAUGUCAAAAGGUAAACAAAAAAAGCGUUCUUCAAUUUCUUCAGGUUCUUUGUAUUGAGUGAUUUACAUGGGCGUGUGCGUGCGUGUGUGUGUUGAGUGUUCAGUAAAGAAGCGGAGACCGAACGACCUCUGAGAAGCGUCAUUCUGGUAAAUGGUCAUGUUUUAUUUCGGUAUUACGGCGAUGCUUUGAGGUUUCACUCAGCAGGUUGCCGCAUAAAUACGUAUUCUGCAGUAUUAAUCAAAGUUAUUAUUUUCUGCUGACGUGAGGAAGUAUGUAUGUCGUGGAAUGUUGUGUAGUGACCACUGAACACUGCUCGUGAUGGCGAAACACGGCCCAUUUUGCAAUCUAUUCCCCGCCUCACUCCCUCACCACCUGAACAUACACUUUAGGCGUGAGAAUGAGCCUAUAGUAAAGGACUUUCUUAAGCAACCGUUCCCCCAGAGAGGCCUCCAAAGAGAAGAAAGAAAAAAAAAAGAGUAAAUAAAAGCCAAGAUUCAAAUACUAGUAAUGUGAGAGUGAGGGUGGUAAAGACAGGAAAAAAAAAAAAAAACUAGACGGGAAUAAACGGGAAAAAAAAAACUAAAGAACAAAAGCCAAUAUUUGAAUGACAGUAAUGUGUAAAUAAAGCUGGCAUAGAAGUCUUAAAAUCGUUAUUUCCCAAAGUAAAAAAAAAAAAAAAAAAGAGAGAGAGAGAAAAAGAGAGAGAGAGAGAGAGAGAGAGAGAGAGAGAAAGAAGAAAACACAGUGAUUAAAAUUCUAGUGGCAAUGUGAACAAGAGGUAGACAAAAGGUUCUCAUAAAUGUCAUUCCCCAAGGAAAAAAUGAAAAAAAAAAAAAAAUAGAAAGGGGAAUUAAAACUAGUAAUGUGAAAAUGAGGCAAGCAAAGGACUUACAAACGUUUCCCAUCAAAAAGUAUGUAGAAAACGAGUAAAGAACAAUAACUAGAACACCAAUACCACCAACAGGGAUACGACAUGUCCUGCAUUAGAAGACGCGCCCAUACCAUUCAUUAUAACACUGUAAAACUAUAGGACGAGUGACUGAGGUGUCUGAGAUAAAGCCGUGUAGCCAGGAAGGGAACUGGAUCAGACUUACCGCAUCUUCUGAAGCAGGACACCUCAUGAUUAUCAGCAGACGUCGGGCUGUGCAGUCGAAGGGGAUGGGACGUAAGCUUUCACUGUAGCUUUCAUGCUCGUAUUCUCAAAACAGUUCAUCCUUUCACCAUGACUAUUUCUAACAGGCUCUAGAGGAAGUUACUGGAGUUUUCAAUGCUGUUUUUGUGGUCCUAGUAAUAGUUCAACAACUAUUCUCCAUUAUCAGCAAGAAAACACCAAGAAGAACCAGACCAAUCAUAUAUGUGGCCUUUAAAAACAGUCCUGGUGAGGGGGCAAAACGUUUAAAAACACGAGCUUCAAUAGGAUCGAUGUGAGAUGAUUAAUGGUCCGCUAACAUCAUCGUCAUCAUGUUAUCCAGCUUACCGCAGCUUGAAUGUGAAGUCCGUACAGCAGAGAUGCCUGACAAUGGUAGCCAACCCUAAGCAUCACAGAAAAAAAAAAAAAAGUACAUUUGAAAUGAAUUUACAACGCAGCAUUAAGGACGUCAUCUGGCGCUGGCAAGGGUUACGAAAGAGCGCCACCUUUCCAGGAAACCUCUGUGAGCCAGGAUUGAACUGGUAACCUUUAGGUCGCCAGCACACAGCUACAUGCCGGAAACUCACCGGUGGCGCAUCAGUGGUGGAGGAAGUUUUACCAAAGAAAUAUUUAUCCCGAGAACACUACAUGCAUGUUGGAAAAAGACACCAGGGGGAACGUGAUGUCUGUCAGGGUGGGUGAGUGGGAGUGAAUGAAUGAGAGAGAGAGAGAGAGAGAGAGAGAGAGAGAGAGAGAGAGAGAGAGAGAGAGAGAGAGAGAGAGAGAGAGAGAGAAAGAGAGAGAGAGAGUCUAGCGUUCGUCUUCGGCACAUGCUCAAGGUUUCGCGCGAGUACGGGGCACGAGAAGCACGUGAAGUGACAUGUUAAUACACUUGCUUGGUACGAGGGAGUCCAAGCGAAUUACAAAUGGGAAGGAGUAACUAGUGUUUAUUGAGAUCAACAGUAUUUAAUUGAAUAGCUUGAAACUACGAGCUGAAGAGGAUGUCAGCUUGACGUGCAGAGAGACUUUAAGCCCAUGAAACGUUUACGAAAUACGAUAAAUGGUCACACACAGAAAUAGAACGUUGCUUAAAGGCACAUCAUCCAAGAGAGAGAGGAGAGGGAGGAACACAUGGUAUCCAGAACGACAAUAAUAACGAUUCCAAGUCGUUGUCUCUACUUUCACUUUUCCUCACAUCCUCGGAACAAAGGUGUGUGUGUAAGCAACGCGCGCCGCAGCUCACCCGAGAAACAACAGCUUAGUAACACGUGAUCUGUUCAGUUCUCGAUCAAGUUUAUCUUCCUUUCUUACUGCGUUCGUGGACGUAACAUCCCGCAUUCGCUGCAUUUGGAGGGUGUCUACUGAUGACUUCCCUCCUCACGCCUGAGAACCUUUCACGGCGUCCACUAACAAACAAUUCACACGCUAGGACCGAGUUUUUCUAUUUACGGAAGUGGUGAUUUUUUCUUUCCCUCUUUUUAACACACCAAACACGUUAUGAGGUUGCAUAUUUGUAUUCUGUUCUGCUGUUUGAGUGAGGAAGGGAAAUUGCUGUCUCCUUGCUUGGCUGCGUCCAGGAUCGUUAUUUAUCUGAUCUUUCAUUACGUUUUCAAGAAGCGUCUCAAGUCUUUGCUGAGGCGGAAGAGUGAACCAGUGCCGUAUUCUCAAACGUUUCCGCGUCUCAUCUCUUUUACUUUCAUCAAGCUACAGUGGACUUGAUUGGGAUUUUCAAGGGUGUUUUAUUGAUUUUGGUGAUACCUUCUCAAAGAUUGUGUGUCAUCAGCGAAAAAAAACAAAAACUCUUGAGAAAUCGACUCAUCUCUGUGGCCUCUGAAUGUAGUCCUGGUGAAAGAAGCGUUUCAAAAUACGGUCCAUAGAUCCUUUUCUGGCACUGAAGUGGGUGAAUGUGAUGGUUUCUCUCUCUCUCUCUCUCUCUCUCUCUCUCUCUCUCUCUCUCUCUCUCUCUCUCUCUCUCUCUCUCUCUCUCUUUCUCUCUCUCUC